AUGCCGCCAAUUGUCGACAGACAUUUUGAAGUGCCAAAGCAACAUGAGGAUUUUUGCGUCUUCGAUAGCGGCAUUGAAGAUCCAGAAAGGGUGUUGAUUUUUGGAGAUCGGGACAAUAUCCAGAGUUUGAUAUUACAUCGAGAUGUUUGGCUGUGUGAUGGAACGUUCAAAGUUUGCCCGAUUCAAUUUUAUCAACUCUACACCAUCCACAUUCAACUCGCUGGCUUUUACCCCCCCUGCAUUUAUGCACUGUUGCCCAACAAAACAGAACACACUUACAAAAAGCUACUGAAGGGGUUAUCAGCCAUCACCGAAAACCACGAGCCUCACCGCAUUCUCCUCGAUUUUGAACGUGCAGCACUUAACGCUUUCGCUAGUCACCAUACCGGAGCGUUGCUGAAAGGCUGCUAUUUUCACUUAUGUCAAGCGUUCAACCGGAAAAUAAACGAAGUGGGCCUGAAGCGACUGUACGAAACUAAUCAUGAUCUCAAUUUGUCAUUGCGCUUAAUUCCAGCUCUAAGUUUCGUACCAGUUGAAAUGGUCAAUGCUGCUUUUGACUUGGUCAUUGAGGAAAUCGAAAAUGUGUCGGACAAAUUUGAUCUUGACGACAAUAUCACUCAAAAACUUGAUGAGGUAGCCUCAUACUUUCAGCGCACCUACAUCAAAGGCGAAACCAUCGGAAGGAAUUCUCGCGAACCUCUCUUCCCAGUAAACCUUUGGAAUCAUUCCGAAGAAGCAGCUGCUGGGUUAAUAAGGACAACAAAUGCUGUAGAAGGCUGGCAUCUUGGCGUUGCUACUCUCUUCAAAGGAAACCACCCAUCCGUUCACACCUUUCUGGAACAAAUCAAACUGGAUGCUGCAAAUCAGAAAUUUAAUAUAAUGAAAGCAAUGGGAGGAAACAGCAACCCCAGUCGAAAGAAGUACAGGGAAUUGAACGAGAAAGUGAAAAACAUUUGCAACAAUUUUAACAAAGAUUCUAUUUUAACCUAUUUGUAUUCUCUCGCGCAAUUAAGUCAUUCCUAA